AUGGAGGAAGAGGCUGGAGUGCUGAAGGAGGGCUUCCUCGUCAAACGGGGGCAUGUUGUUCGUAACUGGAAAGUGAGAUGGUUCGUUCUGCUUCAGGACAAGCUGCUGUAUUACAAAAUUGAAGGAGGCAAGAAGGAGCCUUCUCCAAAGGGCAGGAUCCUUUUGGAUGGCUGCACUAUUACUUGUCCAUGCCUGGAAUAUGAGAACAGACCGCUACUCAUCAAACUAAAGACAAAAACCAAUACAGACUAUUUCCUUGAAUGUUGCUCCAGGGAGGAACGUGACUCUUGGGCUUUGGACAUCACUGGAGCUAUUCAUGCUGGUCAUCCAGUACAGGUACAAGAACUUCACAGAAUGAAGAACUCUUUCAAACUGCUAGAAAAUAUCAGCCUCCACAACAUAGUGGAGAGAAUGUAUGACAGCAGUACUGGAAUUAGGCUGACCCACAAUUUGGAUCAAGGAAACAGAUAUAAAGAGACGUUCACAGGUUCUGCCGCGGUGGACUGGCUCAUCUCCAACAGCUUUGCUGUGUCACGAUUCGAGGCUGUCACCUUGGCAUCCAUGCUGAUGGAUGAGAACUUCAUCCGGCCCGUGGGAGUCCGUAGCACGGAGGCCACACGCUCCAGUGACCCCUCGGAGAAGUUCCUCGACGACUCCACGGCACUUUACAUGUUUGCUGAGAGCAGUAAGAAAAAUACCAGUUCCAAGGAAGAGGUACAUUUUAACAUCUCUGAAUUAAGUGGCACAAUUGUGAAGCAAGGAUUCUUAGUGAAACAGGGGCACAAGAGGAAAAACUGGAAGGUGAGAAAAUUUGUUUUGAGAGCUGAUCCUGCUUUUUUGCAUUACUAUGAUCCCACCAAGGAAGAUAACAAACCAGUAGGUGGAUUCUCUCUUCGUGGGUGUCUUGUCUCAGCUCUGGAGGACAAUGGAGUCCCAGCAGGAGUGAAGGGCAAUGUGCAAGGCAACCUUUUCAAAAUCAUCACCAAGAACGACAUUCAUUAUUACAUCCAGGCCAGCUCCAAGGCAGAGCGAGUGCAGUGGAUUGAGGCAAUCAAACCACUGACAUGAUUAAUGUGGACUCUAUGCCAAAUGACAAACCACAUCUAUGACCAAGUUCCUGCUUUCAUUGUCUGGGAG